AGAAUAUAAAAACCGUGAAGAAAAGCGGUGAUUUUUAAGAAGACGUCAUGCUUUCUGCAACUCCCCUGUAUGGCAACGUUCAUAGCUGGAUGAGCAAUGAAAGGGUCCGCAUGUGUGGAAUUAAUGAAGACAGGAAAAUUCCCGUUAAUGAUGGCGAUGCACCGAAAAGCAGACUGGAGUUGAGGGAAGAAAAUCACCUGAAUCACAGUGUGGUGGACGCGGCUACAGCACAUCGCAUUGACAGUCUCGCAGCUCUGAGUAUGGACAGGUCUGGACUCAUGCGAGAAGGACUCAGAGUCCCCAGUAGCAUUGUCUAUUCCAGCUUGUGUGGACUCGGCUCGGAAAAAUCACGGGAUGCUACGAGUGCGAUAGCUGGGCUUGGAUUUACUCCUGAAAGAAAUCCAGAGAUACAGUUUAAGUCUAAUCCCCCUGAAGCGGUAGAAAGCGCAGCUGUCUCUGGAAAAGCCCCGAACGGCUUCAGUGCUAUAUACAAAACACCUCCUGGAAUACAAAAAACCUCUGCUGUCCCGACAGGGGAGACACUGGGUUUGGACCGAGCUGCGGGUGACAGGCAGAGUCCCCUUGGUGUCAAUGGUGCUAGUUACCUAAGGCUCCCCUGGGUAAACCCCUACAUGGAGGGCGCGACGCCCACCAUAUACCCUUUCCUUGACUCACCAAAUAAGUAUUCGUUGAACAUGUACAAGGCAUUGCUACCUCAGCAGUCCACCUACAGCUUACCACAGCACCUGGCUUACUCACCCGUGUGCACGAACGGUGAGCGUUUUUUAUACCUGCCUCCCUCCCACUACGUUGCCCCCCACAUCCCUUCGUCGUUGGCGUCGCCCAUGAGGCUCUCGACUGCUUCGGCUUCACCGGCGAUCCCACCGUUGGUGCACUGUCCGGAUAAGAGCUUGUCGUGGAAGAUGGGUGUCAGCCCCAGCAACCCCGUCGACACACACGCCUACCCCCACAUCCAGAGCAGCAAGCAGCCCCUCAAGCCGGCCCCCACCAACAUCCCGGCAGAUCCUGCGCUCCUGCUGCCGCACUCGCCCCGGCCAUCCCCACGCCUCCCCCUGCCCGCCCAGGUCGGGGAUGCCUACGCCGAUUUCCACAAACACUUCCCCAGGAUCACCACCUCUCCCUCCUCCGCUGUUACCCUCCCAAAGCCCUACGUGAAUGUCGGAGGCGAACUUCCCCCCCCCCGCCUCUCCACUGGGAGGCUUCCCCAAGGCCGCGGACGGCCAGCGUCAGCGUCGCCAGCUCCCAAUCCCAACAUGGAUUGCACCAAGACGGCCAGGAGCUCUGCGGAGAGCACCGCAUCGGUUAUACAGCAUGUCGGGCAGCCUGUCGCCACCCCUGCGAAACACAGCAGUAAGGUGGCCAAAUCCUGCAGCCAGGAAGCCAACUUCAAGACAAGCGAGACUGCCCUGGCCUCCAGCCCCAUCUUCCUGCCUCCUAAUGAAGCGUUUCGCUCCCCACCGCUGCCCUACCCCAGGAGUUACCUCCCAUACCCGGUGCCAGAGGGAAUAGCCAUCAGCCCUCUGUCCCUCCAUGGGAAAGGACACGUAUAUCCUCACCCUGUCUUGCUGCCCAAUGGCAGCCUCUAUCCUGGCCACCUGGCUCCCAAACCCGGCCUUCCCUACAGCCUGCCGGCGGGUCGAGGGGAGUUCAUGACCUACCAAGACGCGCUGGGUAUGGGCAUGGUGCACCCCAUGCUGCUGCAGCAUUCAGCUUUGGAGAUCAAUAAGGAGGAGAAGGUGGAAAGGAGGUCACGGUCUCAUGAGAGGGUCCGCUACGAGGACCCGGCUCUGCGAUGCCGGUUGCCAGAGCUCCUGGAGAGCGGUGGGAAGAUGCAUUUUGAAGUACCCAGUGACAAGAGUGUGAAAUUGCACCAGAGCUCUGGCCACAGUAAAAACUCAUCCAAAAGUGACAAACACCUUUUCCCGGAUCUUCUGCGAGACGAGCAAGAGGCUAAAAGUGAAGCAAACGUAACGAAAGCCAGCUUUGCUGCGGAAAGCAGUAAUCAGGCUAAUGACCCUACAAAGCACAAGGUAGAGCAGGCGUCUCAGCACAGAGAUUUUAUUGUAAUGAGAGAGGAGUUUGGAAGAAAUAAUGAUCUUCACGAAACCUAUAAUUUCAAGCAAGCCCAGAGUUCGUCAGUGUUCAGCUUAAGGAAAGAAGAUUUAUCUGUCAGCCAGCCUAAGGAGAGAGUGGCAGUCCAGCCUUUGCCCACUUACUUGGAAGGCGCUCAUGAGAGUGAUGCUCCAGCUCUGGCUUUUGGCAAGGUGCAGGAGGACGCGAAGCCAUUCAGCAUGGGGACAGCAGCACCAAGUAUUGACACCAACCAGACCUAUACCAAAGAUGGAGCCGACGAUGCAGAAUCUGCCGACGGCAAAAUACUGAAACCCAAGCCGUCAAAGUUGGCCAAGAGGAUCGCGAACUCUGCCGGUUACGUAGGUGAUCGAUUCAAGUGUGUGACGACCGAGCUGUACGCGGACUCCAGCCAGCUCAGCCGGGAGCAGCGGGCGUUGCAGAUGGAAGGAUUACAAGAGGACAGUAUUUUAUGUCUACCUGCUGCUUACUGUGAGCGUGCAAUGAUGCGCUUCUCAGAGUUGGAGAUGAAAGAGAGAGAAGGCCAAACAGCUACCAAAGACUCAGAGGUCUGCAGAUUCAGCCAGGCAGACUGGGAAAACUUGAAAGGAAACAGUGAAAAGAAGCCAAAGCCUGUCUCUCUGGAAGAUGCCAUUGCUGACCAAAAUGACAAUGACAGAUGUAACUUUACUAGUACAGAAAACAACCAAGGUCACUUUCUUGAAACUCCAGAGGAAAAAGAUCUCUCAAAUGAGAAAUGUUAUUUAGAGAGACAUUCUAUAUAUGAAAAAGCGGAAGACCAGUCAGCAGAAGAUAUUGGCCAACAUCCAUGUCCACGUCUGGACAGGAAGCGUAAACACUCUGGUGAGAGAGUGCAAAACGAUGGCAGCCAAAAUGAAAGCUUUGUGGAUGAACUGCAGGAUGAACUUACAUCAAAAGCAAAAAAGAAGAAGAACUCCAAAG